GAUUUCUAGUAAUAAUGUUGCAAUUCCACUUUUUAAGGGGUCCUGACUGAUGAAUAUUAUUUAGAAAUGUGGGACAUUUCCAUAGCCCAUCAGAUCAAGGGCUUUUGAGCAUUUUAGUGGUGGCUGUAUCCCAGUGCCUAGGACAGUGCCUGAUAUGCUGUAGGCGUUCAGUGGGUGUGGAUUGAAUGAAUGAGUACACAUGUGUGCCAUGGUACUCUCUCCAGAGAACUGCAGGCACCGAACUGUCUUGUUAGGAGGGUUCAGAUCAGAGUUACCCAUGUGGGCUGGAAGGAGAGGGGCUGAGGAUGCCCUUUCCCUCCAGUUUGAUUCCCAGCGUUUAAUGUACCGCACACGUUUUGUGAUGGUGGGUGGUGCCAGGAACAGGAAAUGGAGGGGGGAGGGUACUGAAAGCAGCCUCAUGACUCUUCCCUGGGCAGCUGUGCCUUGGCGUUCAGCCCAGCCUGUUUGUGAGGGUGUUGCAAGGCAUGGGACAAACUGUCUGGUUGUGUCUUGAGAGUACAUAUUUGCUGAAGAGUGUUUCGCAGUCCCCAGACACCUGCAGCAGAAGCCAUUUUUCUCCACACUUCAUCCCUCUUCUCUUCUCCUUAGCAGUGAGGCUGCGAUCUGUUCUUUUCACGAGUCUCCAGGAAAUGGCUCAGCUGGCUUGGCACGUUUCAUUUCCUUGUCAGGAAAGUCGAUGUGACCUUGACUGUCAGUGAGGGACCUGCAGCCAGCACAUUGUGUGUCUGACUGAAUUCACUAAUGAUUGAGAAGUACUUUUGGGAACUCACAGUGACACAACUGUUGUGUACUGCUAAUAUUGUCCUGGGCGGGGGUUAUAGAUACUAAUUUGCAGGAUUCAUUUCUGACUUACGUGGGUCAUGCCCAGCACAGUGCUACUCCCAUGGAAGCCUUUGAUAAAUAUUACUGAAGGAAAAGUGUUGCAGAAAGAUGAGCUGUAUUUGCUCUGAGUCAUGGAAAAUAUAAUGAAUUUGCAGCCUAAGAAGUUAUUAGAAAGUAACUUUGGAUUUAAUAAAGUUCCUUUCAAGAUCAUUUUCCCCAAGAGUCAUUUUUGCACAUACAAAUCCAAACAUGGGCCUUUUGUCCUUUGCCAGCAUCAUCUUUAGUAGAGGAUUCAGGCCUGGGGAGAGCUGCUGUGACCUGCUGUGAAGGGAGGGUGGCCAGAGGAGAGAGUUGGCACACAGGGCUGACUAGGAAAAGUCAGAUCAGGACGCCCAGGACCUUUGCUCCUUGUGCAAAGACUUAUUGGAAAGAACCGUUUUCUCCAUAAACUGAACUUAGAGAAGAAAGCACAGCAAAAGUAAGGUGGUGAACUUUUCAGAAGCAAAAGUUAGUUUAAAUAUAGAUGAUCUGCUUUACUGGCAGCUUGGAGGCUGUGGUGGGACUUCUUGUACCUUUUGUAAGACAAGUGUGGAAAGAUGUUGGCACCUGUACAUGCACAGUUUGUUUAUGAAAUAUAAACUCUCCUGUAGAAGCGAGGGCUCGAGAGGUCAGUGUUCAAGGUAGCAUGUCCUACCUUAGCUGGGGAAAAGGUGCCUUUCCAAGUUCUCUCUGUGAAUGGCCUCAAUCCCUAGCAAAAGUUGGGGGAGCCAGGCUUAAUUAUUAUUUACUCAGCACCGACUCUUGCAGGGGUGGGGGCACUGCCUCCGGGCUCAAGGAGGUGGAAAAAUUUCUGAGAAGCUGACAGUCACUGGACCUGAUUUUCUUUCCCAAGGAAGAGAAACAAUACCUUGGGAGCUAUAGAGUCCAGUCCUUAUUCAGAGAAACAGUAGCCCUUUUCGGCUUUAGAGACUUGAUUUAUGUACAGCCCAGCUUGGUUAGAGCUGAGGGGAGCUAAUGGGAGCAGGCAGCUCCGCUCCCCACCCUGUCCUUCCCCCAUUGCAGCCUGGAGCGCUAGGUGGGUCCAGGGCUGGGCACCGGGGCUGUGCGGCCCAGACUCCUCAGUAUUCCACAGCAGCUGUCUGAAGUUUUUUGUGCUGUGCCUGAGCUGAUGUCAUUUCCCCUUUGGCAGACAACUUCGGCUUUGCGGCGUCUGAGAUAUGUCACCAGAAGGUGGGGUGGGUCGGAGCCAGGCAGUGGGGAGUAGUGAGGAGAGCAGGAGGGCAAGUGCCUGCUUGGUCCCAGGACUCCUUUUACUUUAUUUUCCUUGCAAAGGAAGACCGGUUAACUGGUAUGGUGAACACGCCAACCGGCCAGGGGGAAUGCUUCUUAGAAGACCUUAACUUUUUAAAGCCCUUUGUUCCAAACUUAGUGUGGACGAUGCUCUUGCAGGAUGCCUUUCCUUUUGGGUCUUAGACAGGAUAAGGAAACCUGCGUGGGCACCAACAAUCAAAGCUACAUAUGUGACACGGGACACUGCUGUGGACAGUCUCAGUGCUGCAACUACUACUAUGAACUCUGGUGGUUCUGGCUGGUGUGGACCAUCAUCAUCAUCCUGAGCUGCUGCUGCGUCUGCCACCACCGCCGAGCCAAGCACCGCCUUCAGGCCCAGCAGCGGCAACAUGAAAUCAACCUGAUCGCCUACCGGGAAGCCCACAGUUACUCAGCGCUGCCAUUUUAUUUCAGGUUUUUGCCAAACUAUUUACUACCUCCUUAUGAGGAAGUGGUGAACCGACCUCCAACUCCUCCCCCACCAUACAGUGCCUUCCAGCUACAGCAGCAGCAGCUGCCUCCACAGUGUGGUCCUGCAGGCAGCAGCCCCCCAGGUGCCGAUCCCACCAGGGGCCCCCAGGGUGUGCAGAGCAGCCCCUUGUCUGGGCCCAGCAGAAGCAGCACGAGACCCCCAAGCGUCAUCGUUGACCCUGAGCCCUCUGACGUGCCAGCUGACCGAGCAGCCACCAAAGCCCCUGGAAUGGAGCCCAGCAGCUCCAUGGCUGGCCUGGGGGAGCUGGACCCAGUGUCCUUUCUGGACAAGGAUUCCGAAUGUAAGGAGGAGCUGCUGAAAGAGUACAGCUCUGAGCCUGGCAGCGCCCUACCUGACAGCAAAGAUAAGACGCCUGGCAGACAUCGCCGCUUCACAGGGGACUCGGGCAUUGAGGUAUGUGUGUGCAACCGGGGUCACCAUGACGACGACCUCAAAGAGUUCAGCACGCUCAUCGACGAUGCUCUGGAUGGGCCCCUGGACUUCUGCGACAGCUGCCAUGUGCGGCCCCCUGGCGAUGAGGAGGAAGGGCUCUGCCAGCCCUGCGAGGAGCAGGCCCAAGAGCCCGGGCACCCCUACCCACCACGACCACCUGCCUGCCUGCUGCUGAACACCAUCAAUGAGCAGGACUCCCCAAACUCCCAGAGCAGCAGCUCUCCCAGCUAGAGCAGGCCCUGCCUGCACCCAAGAACUUGGCAAAGCAACCAGGGUAGGGGAGAACCACGAAAGAAGCAUUAAACAACUUUCAGAGAAAGUGGUACAGCCACUUCAUUCUUUUCUUUUCCCCCUCCUGUAUUUUCCUACAUCUCCAGGUACAGUUUGGGGUGUGGAUGCCUCUCCCCCUACAAAAGCACAGUGUUGUGGGCGGGGCUGAGAAGUUGGUUCUGUGACUCAUUCCUCACCCCCCACCCCCAUCCCUUUUUUCUCCUCUUCAUGUCAUAUCUCAGCUACCUGCUUAGGACAGAAAUGUGUGUUUUAAAAGCCCCCAAGGAAGGGGCUGGGACUGUGUCCUGCAAUGAUUCUUGGUGAUGGAGUGGAUUUUUCUCUGAUUUUAGUUGAAGAGAGCCAUGCUGUGUCUCGGUCCAGGCAGGACUACAGUUCUCAGCCCUGGGUGAAGAAGGAAGCCACAGAGACCCAGGGAUUAUCAUCCUUGCCAGUGUCUACAGAGCUGGAACUGAAUUAAUCCUCUGGGAGGUUGAGAGCUGAUGGGCAGUUGUGUGGUAGGUUUGAGGAGGCUUGUUGAUCUUCCAGAUUCCAGGUGACAAAAUCAAUGCACCACUGUGCAUCCUGGAAGGGCCUCCUCCCAGCAGGCUCCGGCUGACUGCAGACUGGUUCUGGUGAGGAGGAUUAUAUACUGCCUUCUCUUUCUUCCUUUAAAAACAAACAACAAAGGAAAACUAAAAACAAGAACCUUGCCAGUGGGCAGGCAAGAAUUCUGUUCUGGAAAAGGGGAGAUUGAGGCUCUCUCCCAAGUAGGCCUUCAAAGAGACUGGCUGCGGUUGAGCCUGAGAUGUUUUGUGUGAUGGCUUAGAUGGGGACUAUCUUUGGAACUUUUGCGGGUGAGCAGGAUGCCCUGAAGUGUGGGGGGUGGGUGGAGGAGCAGCUUCUGCAUCUCCUCCCUUUUGUCUGGGCGCAAAGGUGCCCAGUGCCCUCCCUGGUCCCAAGCACACGGCCUUCCGGCCUUCAUGCGUCACUGUUUUAUAUGAACAAACCGAGGGAGGAGACUGGGGGUCCUGAGAGAGGGCAGCCCCAUAGCCUGUCUCUCACACAGUAUUUUCUCUUUGAUUCUAAAUUAGUUUUAUUGUUUGUUUGUUUUUUUAACUGACCACUUGGAAGAAAUACCUUGGUUAUCUGUGGUUUUCAUGCCCUUUCCCUGUCCUCCCCCCUCCCUUUUUUAAAUGGGGUAAAUCAUUUUCCUGUAGGCUAUGUAGAGUCUAAGUGGCCGUGGUGGGGGUGAAGGCAGCCGCACAGGAUCCUUAUCUCCAUGAUUUGGCUUCCGAUAACCAGUUGAGCUUUGAUAGGAAUAAUCUGAAUGGAGAAAGCAAAUGGCUGAAACUAACAUUCCCUGUCCAAGCCCUGUCGAUAUGAGGAGUUUGGUCCUUCCCCCACUCUUGCACGACAGUAUUCAGACUAAGCAUUGACAUUAUGGUAAGAGAGGAAAAAAAUAUACAUUUAUACAAAAAUAGACAAAUCCAAGGCUGUGAGGCGAACACUUAUCCACAUUUAGAUUCCACAAAACCAAAAUACAUGUUGAACACAGUGAAGUCUGAAUACAGUGACUUUUUGGAUAAUCUGUCUGUCCGUUGUGUGUGAGCCCCAAGCCCUGUUUUCCUGUGAAUAUACUUUGAAGCAGCCGUUCUGCUCACAUUAGCCACAACGUUUGGAGCAAAUAUGGCCGACUCAAGGUAAUUUAUUUUAUGCAUUUACUGUUUACUGAGCAAAUGCCUGACUGUGUACUUGGAUGUAUUCAGCAGCAUUGUCAACGGUAGUCCCCAUGUUUGCCGGAGAUCUUGCGCUCUAAGUAGAGGUUUUACUCUACCCCUCACUGCAAUUUGCACACUUCUCCGUGGACACUCAGAGGUCUGUGUUCUGGUCCCUGUAAAUGGAAACGUGCUCGGAACAUGUCUGCCUCCCUCGGCUGCUCCUGGCCCUCAGCACCAGCCCCCGGUGGUGCCCCCAGCCACUUGGGACAGAAGACGAAGGUGGAAUUUCAGACAGAGGCGUGGUUGAAUCUUUGGUGACAAGCUCGGACUAGCUGUUGCCCAGAUGUGAGCCCUUCCCAGAAUUGCCAGGAGGGCUUGGCAGGUACCACAGGCUUACCUCUGUCUGCUGAGGUCCAACCCGCAAGCUGGUGUGGCCAGAGUGGGGUGAGAGCACGUCAUCAGCCCGCAGAUGCCUUUCCUUCCGCCUUUUUUUUCUUCCUUAAUCCCAAACAACUCACUGAAGUGUCUCAAAGGAGCACGAGUUUACCAAAACGAAUCCUUCUUCAGUUAACUGAUCAAAUGGAUGAACUCUGGCCCUCUCAAAGUUUCCUCCCCCGAUUAGAGAAGGGAACUGGGUCUGAGUGUUAACUGCUGGGUUCACUGCAGCGUCUUACCCCAGAGGCAUGAGAAGAAGAAAACGCAACUGAUGGAACUGGGCUUGAUUCCAGCGGUCACCGUUUGACCACUGUGGCAGGAGGCUACCCUGCUUGGUGAGAGAGAUGGAAAUCAGAGCUGAAGGAAGAGUUAGGGGGCCAUGGAGACUUGACUGAGUCUGGUGUUCCAGGGAAACGAGAAGGAAGGGGUUGGUGGAGGGUUUGGUGCUACAGUGGGGAGAUUUGCAAAUGCUAACACAUUCCUGUAUGAGGCACAUCACCAUUUGUCAGUUAUUGUGAAUAUGUGUAUUUUAAGCAAUAAGAUUCAGCUGGUCAGACUUUUCUGGGCAGUCUCAGUGACGCAUUUCCUGUGCUGUGAUUGUUCUGAAGACAGAGUGGCUCUAACCACUGUGAGAAGCCCAAAUAAAAAAUCGAUCCCCCAAA